CGUCCCGACUCAGCCGCCUCGCGAUUGGCCAGCGCCGCCGUCACUCAGCGCUGGGGAGCCGGGAGCCGCCCAGGGGCCAGUGGUCGCGAUGAAGGUGGCGGCAGCGGCGGCGGCGGCGGCGGCGGCAGCGGCGGAGAUGGAGCCGAGCCCCGCGGGGUCCCCGGGGCCUUCGCGCGCCUUCAAGGAGGAGCUGCUGUGCGCCGUGUGCUACGACCCGUUCCGCGACGCGGUGACGCUGCGCUGCGGCCACAACUUCUGCCGCCGCUGCGUGAACGGCUGCUGGGAGGUGCAGACGACGCCCAGCUGCCCGGUGUGCAAGGACCGCUCGGCGCCCGGCGACCUGCGCACCAACCACACGCUCAACAACCUGGUGGAGACGCUGCUGCGCGAGGAGGCGGAGGGCGCGCGCUGGCCGAACCGCCGCUCCCCGCGCCUGUGCCGCACGCACCGCGCGCCGCUCACGCUCUUCUGCCUGGAGGACAAGGAGCUGUUGUGCUGUGCCUGCCAGCCCGAGCCCCGGCACCAGGAGCACCGCGUGCAGCCCGUGAAGGACACCGCCAAUGACUUUCGGUCCAAGUGUAAGAAUAUGGAGCAUGUGCUGCGGGAGAAAGCCAAGGCCUUCUGGGCCGUUCGGCGCACCUUCGAGGCCAUCUCCAAGCACAAUGAGGUACAGACUACUUGGUUGGAAAGCCAAAUCCGUCAGGAGUUCGACAAACUCCGUGAGUUCCUGAGGGUGGAGGAGAAGGCCAUCCUGGAUGCCAUGGCAGAGGAGAGCAGACAGAAGCAGCGGAUGGCUGAGGAGAAGAUGAAGCGGCUGGCAGAAGAGACCGAGGCGCUGGCCCGUGAGAUUGAGCGGCUGCAGAUGGAGAUGAAGGAAGAUGAUGCCUCCUUCCUCUUGAAACACAAGAACCGAAAACGCCGGCUCUUCUGCACCGUGGAGCCAGAUCCGCUGCAGCCUGGCUUGCUCAUGGAUGAGUGCAAGUACCUGGAUUCUCUGCAGUACCGCGUUUGGAAGAAGAUGCUUGGGUCUGUGGAAUGUGUGCCCUUCAGCUUGGAUCCCAACACAGCUGCGGGCUGGCUCAAAGUGUCUGACGACCUCGUAAGCGUCACCAACCAUGGCUACCGUGUGCAGGUGGAGAACCCAGAGCGCUUCACCUCAGCACCCUGCCUCCUGGGCUCUCGGGUCUUCUCAAAGGGCUCCCACGCCUGGGAGGUGGAUGUGGGAGGCCUGCAGAGCUGGCGAGUGGGUGUGGUACGGGUGCAGUCCGACCCAAACGGGGAAGGCCAUUCUCACAGCUGCUACCAUGACACACGUUCGGGCUUCUGGUACCUGUGCCGCACACAGGGUGUGGAGGGAGAUCACUGCAUGACCUCAGACACAGCCACAGCCCCUCUGGCCCUGACCAUGCCGCGCCGUCUGCGCGUGGAGCUGGAGUGUGAGGAGGGCGAGCUGUCCUUCUACGAUGCAGAGCGCCACUGCCACCUGUAUACCUUUCACGCCCGCUUUGGGGACGUGCGGCCCUACUUCUACCUGGGGGGCACACGGGGUGAUGGCCCCCCAGAGCCACUGCGUAUCUGCGCCCUGCGCAUUACUAUCAAGGAAGAGCUGGACAUCUGAGCUGCCCCAGCCUGCUGGACACUGGGCCGCUGGCCUCUUUUCUCCCGUCUUGUCCUGUAGCUCCCAGCACUCAGGCAGCGUCCUCUACCCCACCCUGUCCUUUCUAACUCCAGGUCCUAUGCCUCUGUCUUCAUUUUUGGUUUCUUCUCUGCCCACAGCUAAAAGCCACCCAGGAGGUACCUGGCUGGUGAGGCCCCGGCUUUAUAAACUAGGGUCAUGGUCCCUUGAGAGAGUGGCUCUUCUCAUUCCUCCUCCUCCAGUUGUUGGAGAACAGCUGUUCUUUAACUUAGGUUUUAUUACUUCUAGAGAUGAUUAGGGCCACUUAUCAGGAGAUGCCCCCUGUGGAGACAGUUUGUCUUUUAUAAUUCCCAAUUUGAGGGGUAUGCCAGGCCACACAGGGAAGCCCCAGGGUUGCUCAGGAGACAACGAUGUGCAAAGUCUUCAUUGAGGCUUUCCUAUCCUGGUGGGGUAGGUUAGGUGGUGGCCAGGCUUAGGACUGACUGGCCUGUCUAGUCGUAGGUGGUCUGAGGCCCAGGGGCUCCUGUAAUCCACCAGUCAUGAGAUAGUUAAGGCAGAAAUGCCCUGGCCUGCUCUGUGAGGCCCAUAUGUGUACGAUGCAGGAUGCUUUGGGAUAUAACUUGGGGGCUGGUGUAGCUCCCAGGCUGUUGGUGGUGGUCACUAGGGACUGGCUACCUUAGGAGUCAGCAAGAGACUGGAGGGCAAAGCAACAGGCUACAGUAAAUGAGAAAGAGCUAGGAAGAAUAAGGUGGGGGGGGGGGGGAGGGGGGGGGGGGGGGGCAGGGGUGCUGUGGUGACAUCGGGCAGGAGUCCAGACUCUCACUUUGUGGUAGUAUGUUGAAAUGGCCUUGUAGACCUCCCUGAGGGUCCUGCAGGGCGGGAGGCAGCUCUACCUGUCCCCAUGGAUCACCAGUUGGUCUUGUCCUAUUUUGAUGAUUUCCUCCAAAAUUGUCCAAGAUUUUAAAGCACUUAAGUUUUAUCUUUGUUUUUGACCUCUUCUCUUUCUGAGCCUCAGUUUCCACAUUUGUAAAUUAAUGGUAGCAUUGGAAGAUGGUAUCCCUCCAUAAUUGAAGGGAGAAAUUCCUCCAGUUCGUUGGGCCAACUGGGAGUGGGGAGAGAGUUAGCAGACUAGCUGGGAGUGUUAGGUGCUCGGGGCUGAGACACUCCAGGAGCCAAGGAGGUGUGAGACAUACUCCCUUGCUGGGAUGUGUCCAUCGGACAGUUCCUGUAUAACAAACUUGACCUGAAGUUAUUUUGUUAGUUAUAAUAAACCUUGAAAAAUGUUCUUUAAAUUUUCACCUUAAUUUUGUUUCAGUAGGGUAAUUUUGAUAACCUAGAUGCCUUUAAAAAGUUCUGAUGGACCCCCUUUUUUGACGUAUUUAUUUCGUCGUGUUUGUGAACACAAGUUGCAGUUGUAACUUGUGUCAAACUUCACUCUCUCAUUCUUUAUUGUGAAAUUUUAUUGUGUGCAAAGAAAGUCCUGUGUUUUGUCAGUUGAUGGACCUUUGGCUGUUUUGCUCUUCUGGCUAUUAGGAAUAUUGCUGCUAUGAAGUUAGUGUGUAGGUUUUUGUGUGGAUGUGUCCUUUUAAUCCCUUCUGGUAUAUAUGUAGGAAUACAUUUUCUGGUUUGUGUGAUAAUUAUUUUUAACCUUUUGAAGAAUUGCCAAACUAUUUUGUCAUGUAGCUAUACUGUUUUAUAAGCCCACCAGCAGUGUGUGAGGGCUGGGGUUAUACCACAUCCUUGCCAACACUUGCUUUUGUCUGCCUUCUAACUCAGUCAUCCUAGUGAGGGCAAAGUGGAUCAUCCCAGUGAGGGCUUUGAUUUGCAUUUCCCUGUUGGCCUAUGAUUGAGCAUCUUUUCCCUUUUAUUAUUGUUUAAAGAGUUCUUUAUUAUGUAGUGUAGAUAAAAGUUUCUUUGUCAAAUAAAUAAAACAUAAAACUUGACUUCCUUUCA